GCCGCGGUGCCGCGCGCAAGGGCUCCGCCGGCUGUUAUUCCGGCUGGUGGCGGCCGCCGCAGGAAGGGCCGGCUCCUGAGCUCCCUCCGCCCUCUUCCCUCGCCUUCUGCUGACGCUGACGUCGGACGAGGGACCUGGAGGGACGUUCCGAUCGCGGCCGGGAGGCUCCUAGGGGCCAGGGCUCCGAGGUUAUAAUAUAAUUUAUCCUCUUAUGCUUUUUCCCUGAACCCUCUCCCCAAAUCAUCAGCAGUAGAAAAAGAAGAAGGAAAAAACAUGUCAGGACAUAAAUGCAGUUAUCCAUGGGACUUACAUGAUCGACACGCUCAAGAUAAGUCAGUUGUAAAUAAAAUGCAGCAGAAGUAUUGGGAAACGAAACAGGCAUUUAUUAAAGCCACAGGGAAGAAGGAAGAUGAAUAUGUCGUAGCCUCUGAUGCAGACCUGGAUGCCAAACUGGAGCUGUUUCACUCAAUUCAGAGAACCUGUUUGGACUUGUCUAAAGCAAUUGUACUUUAUCAGAAAAGGAUAUGUUUCUUGUCUCAAGAAGAAAAUGAACUGGGAAAAUUUCUUCGAUCCCAAGGCUUCCAAGAUAAAACCAGAGCAGGAAAAAUGAUGCAAGCUACAGGAAAGGCCCUCUGCUUUUCUUCCCAGCAAAGAUUGGCCUUGAGAAAUCCUUUGUGUCGAUUUCACCAAGAAGUGGAGACUUUUCGGCAUCGGGCCAUCUCAGACACUUGGCUGACAGUGAACCGCAUGGAGCAGUGCCGGACUGAAUACAGAGGGGCAUUAUUAUGGAUGAAGGACGUGUCACAGGAGCUUGAUCCAGACCUGUACAAGCAAAUGGAGAAGUUCAGGAAGGUACAAACACAAGUGCGCCUUGCAAAAAAAAACUUUGACAAAUUGAAGAUGGAUGUGUGUCAAAAAGUGGAUCUUCUUGGGGCAAGCAGAUGCAAUCUCUUGUCUCAUAUGUUAGCAACAUACCAGACCACUCUGCUUCAUUUUUGGGAGAAAACUUCUCACACCAUGGCAGCCAUCCAUGAGAGCUUCAAAGGUUAUCAACCAUAUGAAUUCACUACAUUAAAGAGCUUACAAGACCCUAUGAAAAAGCUUGUUGAGAGAGAAGGAAGGAAAAAGAUCACCCAGCAGGAAAGUUCAGAAGCAGAAGCAGAGGAGCCGAAUCAGUUAAUUUCAUUAGCUGAUGAAAACCAGAGCAAGGAAUCCUCUAGUUUUAAGACUGAAGACGGAAAAAGUAUUUUACCUGCCUUUGACAAAAACGCUACACAUAAUGCGUGCUCAGGACCUAUAGAUGAGCUAUUAGACACGAAACCUGAAGAAGGUGCUUGCCUGGGCCCCGUGGUAGGGACCACGGAACCUGAAGGUGCUGACAAAGAUGACCUACUGCUGCUGAGUGAGAUCUUCAGUGCUUCCUCUCUGGAAGAGGGCGAGUUCAGCAAAGAGUGGGCCGCUGUGUUUGGAGACGGCCGGCUGAAAGAGCCAGCUCCAGCUGUGGCCCCAGGAGACCCAGACCCCAAGUCCCAGGCAGGCUCAGGAUUUCUCCCUUCGCAGCUUUUAGACCAAAAUAUGAAAGACUUGCAGGCCUCACUUCAAGAGCCUACCAAGGCUGCCUCGGACCUGACGGCCUGGUUCAGCCUCUUUGCUGAUCUUGACCCUUUAUCAAAUCCUGAUGCUGUUGGGAAAACUGAUAAAGAACAUGAAUUGCUCAAUGCAUGAGUCUGCAGCCUUCCAGAGGGGACCCACGAGCUGCUCUUCAACAGCACCUCGGGGGUUAACACGUAUAAAGUGAUCAGUAUGCUGUUUUAACAUAUGCGUGCCAUUUUAAUAAAAUGAGAGGGUCAGGGGCCCUGUUUAUAUUGGUAUAAUUAUUUACUCUUACUUGGUAUAAAGGCCUUAGUGUAUUCUCUGUGUGGAUCUAAACAAUACAGGAUUGUCUAGGAAUGGUUUCCAGGCAGGACACUCUACGGCCAACACCCCCAUCACUACUGGUGUGUCUCUGAGCUACUGAGAAAGCCAAAUUCAAGUCAUAAACCUACUUUGUCCUAGGUUUAACUGACUGAUCGUACAGCCUCAGGCCUUAGGAGGCUAACCUUAAAUGCCUCUCCCUACCCCUGCCUCUGCCCUCUUAGAGGGGCUGCAGGGCAACCUUCUCCUCCUGCCACAUCACCUUCCAGUGAGCUCUGGAUGAAGUUUGAGCUGGCCAAAGACACUGCCCUCACAGCUUGUGCCCAGUGAGCCAUGUGUUCUCACACAGGGGGACGAGCUGGGCUUCUCUCCACUGCACGAGCCUUUCUAUGGAAAGCAGCCAUAUUUGAAAUCACCAGUGUCUCCUUUUGUCCUCUCCAAGGCUGGAAUCGAAAAGCAUGCAUUUCUGAAGCCCCUUAUGACAUUCACUGCUUUGUUUUUUAAAUUAAACAAAAAAUAUUUGACA